AUGAGAUGGACUGGAUAAAAACGGAAUGCAAGGUACAAUUGGUUUGGCUACGGAUGAAUAUCUGUUUGGUGUUGUUCUUGGAGGAGUUGUGUAAGUGGCCUCGUGAUUGUGUUCCUUUUUUUGAGGUGAUGUGCAUAUUACACACAGCUGUGGCUUCAUCACCACUGUCAAGGCCAGUUGGUUGGACGGGGAACAUGUUGUAUUGGAUAAGGUCAUUCAAGGCAUGGACACUGUGUAUGCAUUAUGCAAUUGAAGGCGGAGCUGGAACAUACAGCGGAAAACCAAGAAGAAAGGUCACAAUUGCUAACUCAGGAGAGAAACCCAAGAGCAAGUGGGAUGAGGAAAGAUGAGCCUCCUUCGGACAGUUUUAGAUAAUUGAUUCACCUUUUUUUUUCUCAUUGUAUUAUGUUCAUGAAAUUUAAUAAAAUCUUGACUAAGAUCCAACAGUAA